CAGCUGUUUGUGUUGUGCGGCGAAGAAUGGAUUUGACGCUGGACAAAAAGCUGCAGGGAUUCCAGUUGGUGGCACAAGAAAAGCUUUGUUCCAUACUAUGUAGCAUACCUGGAAAGAAGGAGUUAAUUUUGGAGCCCGACUUGAUAAAGCCACUGGAACAUGUUGUCACUGCCUCCUGGCUGAAGUUGAAGGGCAUACAACGGAUCUACAAACAUGAUGCGGCACAAUCUUUGCCCCGAUCCGCCGAUCAGGUGCACAUCUACAUGAUCCGCAGUGUUUUGGGUACAUUUCAGACACUUCUCAAGCAAUUGCAACCCGUGGCCUCAGAGGAAAUGCCCGACAUCUCCAUGAAAAUGUAUCACAUAGUCUGUGUGCCCAGUUGUUACUCCUAUUUUCAAACCCUGCUGGAACAGGCUGGUUUGUACGGACUGGUGCAACUUCAUCACUUUAACUGGGACUUCAUCUAUUUUGAUCAGGGAGUUCUCAGCUUGGAGCUGCCCAAUCUUUACGAGUGUCUCUACCUGCAGAAGAACACAUCUCCAUUGCCUGCGGUGGCCCAGAGCCUGCGAUUGCUUCAGAUGAUUUGCGGACAACCGUCUUUGAUUCUGAGCUUUGGCCACCACUCGUCGCAGCUAAUGCAAAUGGCGAAGACUCUUGGCAAACUUCCGGCGCCCACAAAUCCUCCAGACUAUGGCGGCUGGCUGGUCAUCGAUCGGGAUAAGGAUUACCCCGCCAGCUUGCUCACUCCGGCCAUCUAUGCAGGUCUUCUCUUGGAAGUUUUCGAGCAUAGUUCUGGCGAGAUUCUGGUAGACAAUUCCAAGAACAAGAUCCGCAGCCAGCGUGUGGAGUUACUCCAGGGAAAGAAAUCCAAGAUAGGCGUAAACUCAGCCAGCAAGCCGUGUUCCAUUCGUCUUAACUCCACAUCCGAUGAGAUCUACGGCGAUAAUCGGUACAAACGAUUUGCUCAGGUCAGCAGUUUGAUUCACGCACAAGUAAAAGCCCUGGGCUUGGAACUGCAGAAACUCAAUGACAUGCAGCUGGACGAGAUGCAUGACUAUGUGGCCAGGAAGCUACCCAAACUAACCGAGCUUAAGAGCAAAGUCCUUAGGCAUCUGAAUGCCAGCGAGAUUGUGAUCCAAAUGAUGGGUAACUUCAGGAAGCUCCAAACGCUGGAGGAGGACAUACUAAACAAUGAUUCAAGAAAGCGAUUGCUAAGCGAGAUCGACGAGCUGUUGACCACAGAUGGUCAGAGAUUUAAUACACUGCGACUGCUGUGCCUCUUGCAUCAUUGCGUUGGCGUGGCGCCCGAGGAGCUGCAGAUAUUUGCGCGGAACUACUGCAAUCUGUUUGGACACCAGGAAUUGGGCGUGUUCCAGCAGUUGUCGCAGGCGGGCUUGUUGCCACCACUUGUGGUGGAGAAAAAGGCGCCAACGAAACUGCUCUCAAAUCUACCUCUGCCCAAGUUCCAGCAAACGGAGUUUCAGGCCAAUGCUAAUCGGCUAAAGCUGUUGACCUCCAGUGGAGAUGGUCAGGAUGGAGGUUCCUCCUCCAAGAGCCAAUCCAGUGGCUUGCAGACCUGUCCCAGUUUUGUGUUCAAUGGCACCUACAUACCAUUGGUGGCUCAGCUCUGCUCCAUUUUGCUGAAAAUCAAUAGUGCUGAGGAGUUGUCCUCGAAGCUGGGCAUGAUUGAGGGGCUGCAUCUACACCUGGACAGCGGAAAAAUCACGCCCAAGGCCUAUGCCAGCCAAGUGAAGCUAAACGGAGUUGCAGAUCAGGAUAUGUUCCCCUUGCGUCUCAGGAAUCUCUUUGUAUUCAUUGUGGGUGGUGCCAGUUAUGCGGAAAUCGCCGCCUGCGAUUUUGUGGCAAAGCUAACAGGCGCCCAAAUAACCGUGGCAUCCGACUCUCUAAUGGCGGGCAGUGAUUUGAUCGCCACCGCCUUCAACCGCUGACCAUGAAGUAACUAAGAAUCUGUGUAUCAAAUGUUUUAUAUAUUUUUAUACAAAACAAUGAUGACAAAGCUUGUGAUUAACAAUUUUCGAAAUUUACAAUUUAAACAAUGCUCUUUUCGAAUAAAUAUUACCUAAAAGUGGC